AUGCUGCGAGAACCUCGCGGGAGAAGCACGGCCACUACUCACUUCUUCCAGUUUCCAGCGGUUGAUGAGACGGAGAUAUGCACCCGGCCGGCCAAGCAGCCAAGGACAGAGUCAGAGUGGGAGAACAGCUUCACCUUCAAGAUGUUCCUUUUCCAGUUUGUUAAUCUUAACAGUUCAACCUUCUACAUCGCCUUCUUUUUGGGAAGAUUCACUGGCCGGCCGGGUGCAUAUCUCCGUCUCAUCAACCGCUGGAAACUGGAAGAAUGCCACCCCAGCGGAUGUCUGAUUGACCUCUGUAUGCAGAUGGGGAUUAUAAUGGUGCUAAAACAGACAUGGAACAACUUCAUGGAGCUGGGCUGCCCGCUGGUCCAGAACUGGUGGACCAGGCGGAGGCUGAGGAGGGAGCACAGUCACAUUGCCAAGGCCAGUUUCCCACAGUGGGAGAGAGACUAUAACCUGCAGCCCAUGAAUGCCUACGGACUCUUUGACGAAUACUUGGAAAUGGUUUUACAGUUCGGCUUCACCACCAUCUUCGUGGCCGCCUUCCCUCUGGCUCCUCUCCUGGCGCUGAUCAACAACGUCAUCGAGAUCCGUCUGGACGCCUACAAGUUUGUCACCCAGUGGCGGCGACCCCUGCCGUCGCAGGCCAAAGACAUAGGAAUCUGGUACGGCAUUCUGGAGGGCAUCGGCAUCCUGUCGGUCAUCACCAACGCCUUUGUCAUCGCCGUUACUUCGGACUUCAUCCCCCGCCUCGUUUACGCCUACAAAUAUGGACCUUGCGCCGGUCAGGGCCGAGCAGGGGAAGGGUGUAGAAUUUUCCGUUUCGCUUGUUUUACGUGUCGACGGAAACCCAUUUUUCUCUCGUCUCUCAGCUGUAUGUUGGGCUACGUGAACGCCAGUCUGUCCGUGUUCCGGGUGUCGGACUUCGAGAAGCGGUAUCGCGACUACAGGGAGCCUCCAGACUCGACCGAGCCCUACUCCUACACUCUGCAGUUCUGGCACGUCCUGGCCGCCCGGCUCGCUUUCAUCAUCGUUUUUGAGGUCAGUGUUUUGUCGUUUGACAAACGACACCAGACAGCGGGCUGGCUUCUGGAAUUCCCGUCAGCAUCACUCAAAGUGUCGCUCUAG